ACUGCUUCUUCUAACGGUUCCACCUCCAUCGUCCAAAUUCACGGCAUCGUGUUACCGUAACGGUGACCCUCAAACGUUCCGUCUCUGAGAACCCUAACACUAACGUUUCUCCGCCCUCUCAUGGCCUCCUGUGACGACGAUUUCCCUCUGCUCGGUGACGAUAACGCCACUCCCACCGCCACUACACCCAACGCUAACCCCAAUUUCCACCAUCACCACCACCACCAAGCUUUCUCAUCUCACCGCUUCAAGGCCUCCCAAAUCCACGCGCCUCCUAUCCACGGCGGUAGUCCGAAGGACAUUUCCGGCGAGGACGAUGUCGUGUCUCCCGAGGGCGAAGGUUACAGCGAUGGAGGAGCUUUCUGCUCGCAACCGGAUCCGAAAGAUAGCAAUUCCUCCUCGUAUCACGUCGUCGGGAUGAAUCCAUACGAGAAUGAUUCAAAUCCUUACGAAACCGAGCCCGAUCCUAGUAGAUCUCGAGGUAGUGCAGGGAACGGUAAGCGCGCGGAGCAAGACGAUAUCAGUGAAAACGGAACUCCGUAUUCAUACAAAAAGUCAAAACUCAACUCAUCUGUCGCCUCCAGCGGCGGCGGCGGAAGUGGAGAGUAUAGGAAGGAUAGGGAGGAAUGGAGCGACACGGCCAUCGCGUGCCUGCUGGAGGCGUAUACGGAGAAGUUUAUGCAGCUCAACAGAGGCAAUUUGAGAGGGAGGGACUGGGAGGAGGUGGCGGCGAUGGUGAGCGACAGGUGCGAGAAACAAACGAAGAGUGUGGAGCAGUGCAAAAACAAGGUGGAUAAUUUGAAGAAGAGGUAUAAGCUGGAGAGGCAUCGAAUGAGCAAUGGCGGCAUUUCAGCGAGCCACUGGCCGUGGUACAAGCAAAUGGAACAGAUAGUCGGAAACUCUUUGUUAGCGAAGGCUGUAGUUGAGGAGGAAAAAUCCGGCAACUUGGCUCGACCGGCUAAGAGAUUUGGAACACCAAUUGCUGGUCCCGGAGGUCAGAUUAACAACAUGAAGUUAAAAUCUUCUGGUGGUCCAAGGUGGAGAAGAGUUGUUUUUAAGAUUAGUGGUGCCGCUCUUGCUGGAACCACACAGAACAAUAUUGAUCCAAAGGUGGCCAUGCUGAUUGCUAGAGAAAUUUCUAUUGCUUGCCGUGUUGGUGUAGAGGUGGCAGUAGUUGUUGGAGGCCGUAAUUUCUUUUGUGGCGAUUCAUGGGUUACAUCAACUGGUUUAGAUCGAUGCACUGCCUAUCAAAUUGGGAUGAUGGCAACAUUGAUGAAUUCCAUGCUGCUCCAGUCAGCACUGGAAAAAUUGGGUGUGCAGACUCGUUUGCAAAGUGCAUUUUCUAUGCCAGAGGUUGCCGAGCCAUACAAUAGGCAACGUGCAAUCCGCCAUCUCGAAAAGGGAAGAGUUGUGAUUUUUGGUGGUAUUGGAGCUGGCACAGGAAUUUCACUCUUCACUACUGAUACAGCCGCAGCUCUUAGAGCUUCCGAGAUUCACGCCGAUGCCAUGCUUAAAGGCACAAAUGUAGAAGGUGUAUACGUUUGUGACUCAAGAAGCAACAACUUAGCAGCUGAGCACAUUUCCUACCGGGAUCUCGCUUCCAAAGGGGCUGCUCCAAUUGACAUGAUGGCUGUUAAUUGUUGCGAGGAGAAUGGAAUUCCAGUGGUCAUUUUCAAUCUUCACGAUCACGGGAACAUAUCAAGGGCAUUAACCGGAGAGCCAGUUGGAACUCUGAUUGAUCAAACGGGAAGGGUUAGCUAGUAGUAUUUGAUUACGCAGUAGAUUACGUUCCCAACUAUUAGAACAGAGGAACCUAUAAUCGCGUGAGCGCCACCAUCCAGAUUCGAGGUUAGUUGAAGGCUCAUUCACAGAAGGAGAAGGUGCAGCUCUUGUAUUGUAUAAUAGGUGGAGUACUUUAAAACGAUGGUUUAUGUCGUGUAGGCAACGAUUUAAGAGUAGUCUGUUGAGUUAACUACUUAGAUUACUUGUAAACUGUCCCAGACCUGUAAUAGUGAGAGGUCUCAACAUUGAUCACAAUUUACAAAUUUGUGUACUAGAUGAGAGAAACUAAAAUGGGUUUAUUUAUGGGAGAAAUUUCUCAUUUUUCUACGA